GCAGGGGGAAUGAGCAAACGGUGGGAGGAAGGGAGGGGAAUAAAAACCUUCAGCGGCGAACUGCUGGAGGUGUGGGGACGGGAAAGGCGUCCACACGUGGGGGAGAACCAAACUAGGAGCUUCGCUGGAGAGGAAGAAAACUCAGAGCAAAAACAAGUUUGACUAAACUGCUCGGGAGAAACAUGCCAAAUGUGUGACUUCUUGAAGAGGGCAAGAGACGCGGUUUUUCCUAACCAACUACUGUCAGAAAACAGGACUGCUCACAGCAGGAGAUCAUGGGAAACCUCUGGAGGAGAUGGAGAACGGAGGCGCUUACAUAUACAUUUCUGAGGAUCUCUCUGCUGCUUGCUUUAUUUACUGGUGGAAGUGAGGCACACUGUGAAGGCUGCAUAGAGUACUGCUGUGAUGGCUCGCCACCUUUCUGCUGCUCCUACUAUGCCUACGUUGGGGACGUCCUCUCAGUUUCUAAUCGGCUGGAUGGAUACCUGGUUCAGGUGGCUGCUGACUCAAGGGGCACUGCCAUCUCCGGCAUCGUGUUCGGCGUGGUGUUUCUGAUGGGGGCGGUGGCAGCCCUGUUCCUCUGCGUGUGCAUGUGCAUGAAAAAUGGGCGCGGAGCGCGGGUCGGUGUGUUCAGCACCUCCUACAUCAACACUGUGACCCAGAGCUAUCCAGGUCCUCCACCUCCCUACACCUACGACUAUGAAAUGUACCCACCAUCAUUACCACCUCCACCCUACACCCCAGCCCAGCCUCAGCAAGCCAACAACUCUCCUCCACCUCCUUAUCCCGGCUUCACCCGCAAGUGAAUCCUCGCCAUGCAGAGGUCAAGCUGGCUGGACGAUCUCUCCUUCUCUGGAAAUUAGAGACAUGGUGGACAUAAAUGGUUUCGCCAUGUUUGUUGUACUAAAAACCAAAAUUAUCUGAAUUAAAACUCUAAAAGGAGUGAAACAGAAUACUCCCCUCAUACUCAGUUUUACUGCACUGCUUCUGCUGCUUUGAAGCAGAACUUCUGGUAGGAAGAGAACCAUUUCAGGAAAAUAUGUGGGUCAGGAUUGGAAACGCACACAUGCCUCAUCAUGUCGGAAAGGCUUAACUUGUUGGCAGCUUAACUGUUCUGACCUGUACUUUCUGCCCUCGUUUGUGCACAUCAAAGGUGCUGGCUAUGCUUUGAUGAAGGUGAAGACCAGUUUUUUUCAUCAUUUCAUAUCACGAGUGAGAAGAAAAUGUCAGAAAAAAAUUCAGACUCUUCGUUUCUUUCCUUUUUUGGAGCCACCCCACUUCAAUUUUAAACAGGAAAUAGGCUAUGUGAUUUAAUAUAUCAGAUCUGGACCUGCUUUGUAUUAAACUGAAAGACUUGACUUAAUCCAUUGUAUUAAAAAUGCUGACUUUAAACCAUAGGCAGCUAAGAAAAACUGGAUUGUCAUAUACUGACAUUUUCUUUACCCUAUUUUAAAUAAUGUGGGAUAUUAAGAAAUGUUUUUUUUUUUUUUACUAAAAGUGACUUCACUGUGCUUAAACUGUGAAUUGUUGGGAAAAUAAUUGUUUCUUUACUGUCAGUGUCCAUGUGGUAAAUUUAAAAUGUUUUUAAAUCCA